AUGUCACCUUGCCGAUUAAACAAUAUUGACGAACUAAACUAUCUAAUCAAAUUACAUGAUCUAAAUUACUUCAAGGCAUUCAUCGCAUCCAACCGAGUGUCCUAUCGUGUAUCCAUGUUUAAAGCAAUUGAAUCUGGAUCUUCAGAGCUAACAGACAUAGUGCGAUGGCAUCAUCCACACCCAGAAGACGAAGACACAGAAUUCGAAGGCCAACAUACAGCAUUCCGAGGAUUUCUCCACAUUUAUCAGACCAUUCAACUACAUGAAGAGAUGGAAGAGUUCAAUGCUUACAGAGAAAACAUGUAUCUAUUUCAUGGACGACUUGAUCAAGUCAACAUGGCAGAAAUUGACAUGCAUGAUCUACUAUCGCCCAACCCAGUGCCAGUAGCUGUGUGUGAUGAAAUGAUUGCUCGAUAUAGCUACAAUAGCUGUCUUAUGACAGGCUGCUUAUUAGCGUACUGCAUUCACAACAGCGACCAUUAUAUUCAUCUCAAAAGCAACCCACACGUAUUCAUCAUGGACAUGAUGUUUCAACACGCCAAUCACCAUGGCAACGAGGACUUGAAGCAAUUUUUAGUGUCAACCUACAGAACAACAAGGCAGCACUCCAGCUACGACUACAGAGUACGCAAAGGUCCAUUCUACAAAAAACGCCAAUAUAAUGGUGCAUUGAACAUAUACGACCACCAUCUUGUGCCAACAACUGCAAUGGAUACGAUUGGUACAUACAAGGAUUAUACUAGCCAGAUCCACAUCAGCAAUGUGUGCCUGUCAACCGACUUGUUCGAGUGGCAAACACCCAAGAUGGCAGACUUCCAGGUAGAUGCCUACUUUGAGCAAGUGCUUGCCUAUGUCAAUCGCUUGAUUGACCAAGGUGUCGAGUUGCAAGAGCAAUGA